UAAAAACACCCAGACCUCAAACUCCUCCAGCCAGUAACGGACACACAAGAGAAAUUAACAAAGAAAAAACACAGCAGUUGCCAGUGUUUUGUACUCUGCAAUGGCGAUGUGGACAGUUUCUUUGUUUCUUGGGUUUUUUCUUGCUAUGGAGAACCUGGUGCUUGGACAACAAGAACCAUCCAGCUUUUCACAUAAGCUUUGUCCGUGUGAAUGGUCAGCCCAUGGAUCUAGAUAUUUCAAGUACUUCAAAUCACCACUCCCAUGGAUUGAUGCAGAGUUUGAAUGUUUGAAGCAUGGUGCAAAUCUUGCAUCAGUACACAACAACGAAGAAAACGUCUUUUUAAAGAAUUUCAUCAAAGAAGCCACUGGCUCUCUGACUAGAACCUGGCUAGGUGGCCAUGAUGCUGUUGCAGAAGGAAAAUGGCUCUGGAGCGAUGGAUCCAAAAUGAGCUUCCAGGACUGGGACAAAGGUCAACCUGAUAACUACAAUAGUAAAGAACACUGUCUUGAGAUAAACUAUGGAGGGUUUCAGCAAUGGAAUGAUCUACCAUGCACUGACUCCAUGCCAUUUGUUUGUGCCUUGAAGUGAAGACUCGUAUCCAUCUGCGAGAAUCUUCUAUAAGAAGAACAAAAUGUGAAAAUGGAAUUAUAAUCUGAAUAAUAAGAGUCAAUAAAGCAAGUAAAGCAAA